GAGGAGACCAAUUUGUCCGCUGGGGUUGAAGUAGGGUUUUUUCACUGCUAGCUCCUUGUUUCCCCUGUUUCGUCUCUCUUCCGCUACAUAUACAAUAUAUAACAUAUUUUGGGUGUGUUUGUAUUUUGUUUAUAUUGAUUAUAUAUUUGAAGAUGUCGUCGAGGCCUGAAUUAGAAGCACCUCCUGAGAUAUUCUACAACGAUUCGGAAGCUCGCAAAUACACCUCCUCUUCUCGUAUUAUCGAAAUUCAGGCAAAACUUUCAGAGAGAGCACUGGAGCUUCUUGCCUUGCCUGAUGACGGCGUCCCAAGAUUACUUCUUGACAUUGGUUGUGGAUCUGGACUCAGCGGGGAGACAAUAUCUGAAAAUGGGCACCAAUGGAUUGGUUUAGAUAUAUCACAGUCGAUGCUUGAUGUUGCUUUGGAGCGUGAGGUUGAGGGUGAUCUUAUACUUGGUGAUAUGGGUCAGGGUUUAGGACUUCGUUCUGGAGUAAUCGAUGGUGUGAUAAGUAUCUCAGCUAUUCAGUGGUUAUGCAAUGCGGAUAAGUCCUCUCAUGAGCCUCGAUUAAGAUUGAAGGCCUUCUUUGGAUCACUCUAUAAAUGUCUAUCAAGGGGAGCAAGAGCAGUGUUUCAAGUCUAUCCUGAAAACCUUGCUCAGCGUGAGUUGAUCCUGAGCUUUGCUAUGCGUGCUGGCUUUGCUGGUGGCGUGGUUGUUGAUUUCCCGCACAGUACUAAGAAAAGAAAAGAAUACCUUGUACUCACUUGUGGUCCACCAUCCUUGAGCACAGCUACUCCAAAAGGUAAAGGUGAAGAAGAGGAGAGUUGCUCUGAUGACGAGAGUAGUGGAGAUGACGAAAAUGAGACAAUUUGCAAAUCAGACAGGAAUAGACCAAGGAAAAGGCAAAAAAUAGCCAAGAAAGUAAAGGGAAGAGAUUGGGUGCUGAAGAAGAAGGAUCAGAUGAGGAAAAAGGGAAAUGUUGUGCCUCGAGAUACAAAGUACACGGCACGGAAACGAAAGGCUCGAUUUUGAUUAGGAUGUUGUUAUCCUAGUGUUGAUUUGUAUUUUGGGGCUCUAAACUUUGUAUGGUAUUUUCAUUUUUAUGUUCUAUUUUUUCCUGGUGAUCUUGCAUGAUUAGUAGACCCAUUCAGAAGAGAAUUUUUAUGUUCUAUUUCCUAGUGAUCUUGCAGGAUCAAUUGUCAUAAGUAACCGCACCUGAACAUGAAAUUUGGUGUCAAGCGGGAUAGCAAGCAUUGUUGAGUUUUGAGGCAUUGUUAACUCCCGAUUUUGGGAAUGAAAUUUUGUUUAUAUUUAGUUGGAUUGCAUGAAAUUGUUAACAUAUCAGUUGUCUCUA